AUGGAUGGGGCAUUGGUGUACAGAAGAAUGUCAUACUUUGCACAGGACCAUUCAUCUUCUUUGGAAGCAAUUAAAGAAUUUUUGUACAAAAAUUCUUUUGUAAAUAGAUUUGCUUUAUUUCAGUGUACAUCAAUUUUCCUUAACAGACAUUAUAUUGAUGAGGCUGUUAGCAAGUUUCGAAGCAGUUCAUGUGUCUUCGCAGUAAAAAGGUCUCACAAAUUAAAAUGGAUAGAGCAUAACCGUUCAAUAAAACCAUUGAAUUUUGAUCCAAGAAGACGACCGCGGCGACAAGAUUGGACUGGCGAACUUGAAGAAACUGGAAUGUUUUACUUCUCAAAUAGGCUUCUAGUCAGUCGAAACUUACUUCAAAACGAAAGGUAA